UGGAGCUAACCGGACGGGUCGCUCCGGCUCUCCAGGGAAAGGAGCUUCCCGGCUCUGGAGAAGGGGCGAGUCCUUUGAGAGCCCCCGGGAAGCGCCGCGUGCUGGAGAGGGACGGUCGGGCUACCCCGGCUCGCGGAGGGCUCGGCUCCGGGCUCCCCUCCUUUCCACCUCGCGAGGGAGGGGGCGAGGGAAGGAGGGGAGGGGAAGGUCCCGCGAAGGAGGCAGAAUGACCAGUCGAGGGGGGCUUGGGCGCUGCUUUCCCCAGAAGCUGCUUCCACUCCUGCGGCUGCCGCGAGGGCUGGCUUGAGCUGGCGCUCCAGGCUCUCCCGCUGCGAGCCAGCGCGGCCCCCCGGGGCCCGGGCAGCGGCGCCGGCAUGACGUCCGGCACCAUGAAGUUCAAUGGUUACUUGAGGGUCCGCAUUGGCGAGGCUGUGGGGCUGCAGCCCACCCGCUGGUCCCUGCGCCACUCGCUCUUCAAGAAGGGCUACCAGCUGCUGGACCCCUACCUGACGGUGAGCGUGGACCAGGUGCGCGUGGGCCAGACCAGCACCAAACAGAAGACCAACAAACCCACGUACAAUGAGGAGUUCUGCACCAACGUCACCGACGGUGGCCACCUCGAACUGGCCGUCUUCCACGAGACGCCCCUGGGCUAUGACCACUUCGUGGCCAACUGCACCCUGCAAUUCCAGGAGCUGCUGCGCACGGCCGGCGCCUCGGACACUUUCGAGGGCUGGGUGGAUCUGGAGCCAGAAGGGAAGGUAUUUGUGGUAAUAACCCUAACAGGGAGCUUCACUGAAGCCACUCUCCAGAGAGACCGAAUCUUCAAACAUUUUACCAGGAAGCGCCAAAGGGCUAUGCGAAGGCGAGUCCACCAGAUCAAUGGACACAAGUUUAUGGCCACAUACCUGAGGCAGCCCACCUACUGCUCUCACUGCAGGGAGUUUAUCUGGGGAGUAUUUGGGAAACAAGGUUAUCAAUGUCAAGUGUGCACCUGUGUCGUCCAUAAACGCUGCCAUCAUCUGAUUGUUACAGCCUGCACUUGCCAGAACAAUAUUAACAAAAUGGAUUCAAAGAUUGCUGAACAGAGGUUCGGAAUCAACAUCCCGCACAAGUUCAGCAUCCACAACUACAAAGUGCCAACCUUCUGCGAUCACUGUGGCUCGCUGCUCUGGGGCAUCAUGCGACAAGGACUUCAGUGUAAAAUCUGUAAGAUGAACGUGCACAUCCGAUGUCAGGCAAAUGUAGCCCCGAACUGUGGGGUCAAUGCGGUGGAGCUCGCCAAGACCCUGGCCGGGAUGGGCCUCCAGCCCGGAAAUAUUUCUCCAACCUCGAAGCUCGUUUCCAGGUCAACUCUAAGACGACAGGGAAGGGAAAACACCAAAGAAGGAAAUGGGAUCGGGGUUGAUUCUUCCAGCCGACUUGGUAUCAACAACUUUGAGUUCAUCCGAGUGUUGGGGAAGGGGAGCUUCGGGAAGGUGAUGCUUGCGAGAAUAAAAGAAACAGGAGACCUUUACGCCGUGAAGGUGCUGAAGAAGGACGUGAUCUUGCAGGAUGACGAUGUGGAAUGCACAAUGACGGAAAAAAGGAUCCUGUCCUUGGCUCGCAAUCACCCCUUCCUCACACAGUUGUUCUGCUGCUUUCAAACACCUGAUCGUCUGUUUUUUGUGAUGGAGUUUGUGAAUGGGGGUGACUUGAUGUUUCAUAUUCAGAAGUCUCGUCGUUUUGAAGAAGCACGAGCUCGUUUCUAUGCAGCAGAAAUCAUUUCGGCACUCAUGUUCCUACACGAGAAAGGAAUCAUCUAUAGAGAUCUCAAAUUGGACAACGUACUGUUGGACCAUGAGGGCCACUGUAAACUGGCAGACUUUGGGAUGUGCAAGGAAGGGAUCUGUAAUGGAGUCACCACGGCAACCUUCUGUGGCACGCCAGACUAUAUUGCUCCAGAGAUCCUCCAGGAAAUGCUCUAUGGACCCGCAGUAGAUUGGUGGGCGAUGGGCGUGUUGCUCUACGAGAUGCUCUGUGGUCACGCACCCUUCGAGGCGGAGAAUGAAGAUGACCUCUUUGAGGCCAUCCUGAAUGAUGAAGUGGUCUACCCUACAUGGCUCCAUGAAGAUGCCACAGGGAUCCUGAAAUCUUUCAUGACCAAGAACCCCACCAUGCGCCUGGGCAGCCUGACUCAGGGUGGGGAGCAUGCCAUCUUGAGACAUCCUUUCUUUAAGGAAAUCGACUGGGCCCAGCUGAACCAUCGCCAAGUAGAACCACCUUUCAGACCCAGAAUCAAUUGCAACCUUAGCCUGAUGGGGAAUGAAAGACAGGACCUGAGAAUCACAAGCAGCUCCAGAUUUCCCAGGAAUUCCCUUUGUGGGGCAUUCCCCAGGAUCAGCCUUAGAACAAGAACCUUACCUUCAGAGCACAGGUGGGAAACUCUGAAGGACAGAACUUCAGGAGGUCAGCUCUUUCAAGUCCUCAGGAAGCCAGGGUACUGGAAAGAGUGGAUACCGGAAUGAGAUUUCAUGAAGAAGUAUACUGCUCAACCUAGGAGUUUCUAUGGCUCUUUUGGGCUUGGGAUAUUAGAAGGAACCAACAGAAGAGAAGGUGUGAAGAAUCGACUCGAUCCUAGAAAUUCUGAGUCCACCGGCUUUUCACUUCAAAAGACAAAUCAAGACUUGGUCUGGGCCCCUCUGUGCUCUUCUUAAGCCGGCGAGCCCGGAAUACUCGCAGUCUUCGAGAAGUCUGUAAAUGCUAAUCAAGAAUUCGGUAGGGAAAUGAAUGGCUUUCCAAACAGAAUGAUUUACUCUGAAGAAACAAAAGGGGCUUCACCACGUCAAGCCCCAUCUUGAAAACAGAUGUUGAGCACCAAGACAACUGUUCCAGCUUAAUUCUCUCAUCCUCACUUGAACGGAUAUUUAUUGAGUGCCCCAUGAGACGGUGCCACGCGCCCUGCUAGUGUAAACAAACAGAUUUGUGUGCACGGAACUUUCAUGCUCCAUUUACCUGAAUGGUGUUUGCAUUCUGUGAAAUGCCUCUCCACCUUGCAUAUAUCAUGCUUCUUUGUCUGCACAUAACUUUGUCCACAGAAGAGGGCUCGCUGCCAUGACAGCAACUAUCCGCACAAACAGCAGGUGAGCGAGGGGCUUGCUGCCUAAGGACCUGUGAAAUCUCAUCAUGGGAUGAUGUGCAGAUACCGCACCGAACUCUGUGAAGAAUCGCACGCCACUCCUGUCAAUGACCAGACUUAUGGCUUAGACAGUAGCAGGUUAUUUAAGUUAUAUUUUAAGAGACAAAAAUGUUUGGUAUGCAUUUAAUGAUUAGAAAGGACUCAUGAACAGGACAUUUACUGAAGGACCUUAUAAUAUGUACUCAUAUAUGCAGUUGGAGAAUUUUGUCUGGAAAUAAAGGCAUU